AUGAGUCAAGAAUAUGAUUACGAUACAGAAAUCGAUGAAUACUCGACUGCAGUUGCAGCUGCCGCUUACGCCGUUCGGUCUCUUCACAAUCGAACGAGCAACGGCCCAAUUAAGCCCUCGAACAAAAUGCGGCCUCAGACAGUAAAUAACGAGUUUCAACCUGCACCGCGUAAAGCAACAUUUAAGUUACCGAAGGAAACAUCAAAGCAAAGCUCACAAGACCAUGACAAGGAGAAGAUGCAUGUAAACAAAACAAGUCCUUAUUACACAGAUGAAAGUAGUAGCAUCAAAUCAUCGAAUUCAGAAUUUGAGAAGCUCGGAAGGCCUCAAACUUCGGUAGACGAGAAUUUAAAUACAAAUGAUGACGAGAAAAGUCCCGAGACUCCACUUGCCAAAACCGAACGUACGCCAAUAUUUGAGACAGCGACAAGGCAAAGUAAGACGAGGCAGCUUGGACCUAAUGAAUCCAUGGCUAAUGCUUGGGAAAAAGAAGAGAUGGCAAGCAUAAAAGAGAGGUUCGUGAGGCUGAGGGCUACAAUCGACAACUGGGAGAUUAAAAAGAAACGAAAUGCGGAUCAGAAAUUAGAAAGGAGACAGGCUGAGCCGGACAGUAACAGAGGAAAAGCCGAAAAAAGCCAUUGGAAUGCAAUCAAAAGAAUCGAGGAAAUUGCAGGGGAGGCCAGGGCACGUGCGGAGGCUAAUCGCGAAAAGGAGGAGCGGAAAGUGAAGGAAAAGUCCGAUAAAAUUCGACUAACAGGAAAACUUCCAGCAUCAUGCUUUUGUUUUUGA